AUGGCGUAUUUGGAGCGAGCAUAUUUUGGACUUCAAUGCUUUUGGGGUGAAUCGGCAUGGGCGAAAUUGAAAGGUGUUCGUGUGACUCGAGUUGGAUAUGCUGGUGGUGUCAAACCGAAUCCGACUUAUAAAAAUAUCAAGGAUCACACUGAAAUCACCGAAAUCACAUUUGACCCAAAAAUUGUGGGAUAUCAAAAAUUGUUGGAUUUCUUCUGGUCUCAUCAUAAUCCAGCUGAAAGACGCAAGAAACAAUAUCAAUCGGCGAUUUUGUAUUUGAACGAUGUUCAGAAAGAGCAAUCAUUGAAAUCGUAUGAAGUUGCCAAGGUUUGUCAAAUUUUUGAAGGUUUUCAUUUCAAAAAGUUCAUUUUUCCAGGAAAAAUUCGGCGAUAUCGAAACAUACGUGGAACCUCUCGAUAAAUUCUACCAAGCCGAAGAUUACCAUCAAAAAUAUUGGUUGAGAAACAAAAAGGAAAUCUUCGAUGAUUUGAAACUUUUGGACACACAAAUUGCCGAAGGAGAACUUGCCACAAAACUCAACGCCUAUGCUGCCGGAUAUCAAGAUUUCAGCGAACUCACCAAAUUGGCUCAAGAAUACGAGUUAUCAACGGAAACUGUCGAUAAGAUCAAGGCAUAUGCGUUGUCAGGUGGAGAUCCGAGAAAUUGUCAUUGA